AUGGCAGGUAUCCGAACCAUAUCAUCUAAAGUGAAACCUCUUGAAUUACCAGAUGUCAGUGAAAAUAAUUUUGCUGACGAUGGACUUAAAAUCGUACAACGAUUCAAAUUUUUUAUUUACAUACAAGUAAUAACGGGAAUCAAUCGUUUGUAUCUGUUGAAAUGUAAUAAAUUUGUGAUGUUGUUCAGCUAUCUGUAUGCAAUGUUUUUGAUUUCAUUUGUCGUGUUAGUUUAUUGGACAACCGAAGCGAUGAAAAAUUCAAACCUUGUCAUCAGAAACUUCACAUGUCUUGAAUACAUACUCCUGAUUUGCAUAGCGAUGUUUCUGAAAAAGAAGAAAAUGAUAAAGUUCUUUGAAAACUUGAGUUGUCUCGACAAAAUGCUAAAAAUCGACAAAAACGUAAACAGCACGUGUUGCAUGAAAAGAGUUUCCUUUUGGGUCGCAGGCAGCAUUGUGUAUAACUUAAUCGAGUUUUACGCUAUAGAAUUUUACGAUAACACCAACAAAGGGUUGGUGACUAUAAUCUGCACUUAUACUUUUGCAUUGGCUCACGAUUGUGAGCAAAUAUUUUUCUUCACAUUACAACGAGUCGUGUACUUGAGGCUUUUAGUCGUAAAGAGACAUAUACAAGAGUAUUUUAAAGUAGACGAAGACAGUAGCAGGAAGAAACCAAACAAAUAUGAGAUGUUAUCAAAUAAUGUACAGCUAAAUCUCACCGCUUUGCACGAAGUGUAUGCGUUACUACACAACUGCGCUGAAAAACUCAACACAGUGAUGAGUAUUCCGGUGCUACUCAUAUUAUUUACUUCCGGAUUAUCCACGACUAUUCUUCUGAAAAUUCUUGUUAGAGUCAUACAAUUCACGGAUCCUUCAAAUCCGGGCUCAACAAUCGGAGUGUGCGUGUAUUUAAUAGUGCGUUGCAUCAAAUACACGUUGUUAGUUGUGAUCCCGUGCUAUUACUCAAGCAUCACUGCAACUCAAGUUUCUCUUAUUCGUAUCACACUUCAUGAUGCCAUCAACACUAUUCCACUGGGCAAACUCCAACGUCGGAAGGUCAAAGCGUUUUACUUGAUGACUAAAGAAUAUAGUUUCGUCUAUGAUUUGGGGGGAGUCAUCAAACUCAACAUGUCUUUACCACUAAGCUAUAUCAGUCUCUGUAUAAGUUACUUGGUCAUUAUAAUACAGUUCUCAAAAUUUUUAGAUGUGACACUCUACAAAACUUGUAUAAGACCAGCCAUGACUUACACGAGUGUGGUGGUCGCUCACGUAGCCACCCACAUAGACACCCUCCAAUCCCUAGAAUCCCGCUUUUGCAGAUUAGCCGUCGAAGCUCCGUGCUACGUGAGCAAUGUUGAACUACACGACGACCUGGGCCUCGAAUCAAUCUGGAAAUCCAUGAAUCUACCUGCCUCGGCGGUGAAGAUGGCAGGUAUCCGAACCAUAUCAUUUAAAGUGAAACCUCUUGAAUUACCAGAUGUCAGUGAAAAUAAUUUUGCUGACGAUGGACUUAAAAUCGUACAACGAUUCAAAUUUUUUAUUUACAUACAAGUAAUAACGGGAAUCAAUCGUUUGUAUCUGUUGAAAUGUAAUAAAUUUGUGAUGUUGUUCAGCUAUCUGUAUGCAAUAUUUUUGAUUUCGUUUGUCGCGUCAGUUUAUUGGACAAAAGAACCGAUGAAAAAUUCACACCUUGUCAUAAGACUUUUCUCAUUUAUUGAAUACAUACUCCUGAUUUGCAUAUCAGUGUUUUUGAAAAAGAAGAAAAUGAUGAAGUUCUUUGAAAACUUGAGCAUGUUCGACCAAAUACUGAAAAUUGACAAAAACGUAAACAGCACGUUUUGCAUGAAAAGAGUUUUCUUUUGGGUCACAGGCAGCAUUGUGUAUAACUUAAUCGAGUUUUACGCUCUGGAAUUUUACGAUAAUACCAGCAAAGGAUUGAUGACUAUAAUCUGCACUUAUACUAUUGCAUUGACUCACGAUUGUGAGCAAAUAUUUUUCUUCACAUUACAAAGAGUCGUGUACUUGAGGCUUUUAGUCGUAAAGAGGCAUAUACAAGAGCAUUUUAAAGUAGACGAAGACAGUAACAGGAAGAAACCAAACAAAUAUGAGAUGUUAUCAAAAAAUGUACAGCUAAAUCUCACCGCUUUGCACGAAGUGUAUGGGUUACUACACAACUGCGCUGAAAAACUCAACAAAAUUAUGAGCAUUCCGGUGCUACUCAUGUUAUUUACUUCCGGAUUAUCCACGACUAUUCUUCUGAAAAUUCUUGUUAGAGUCAUACAAUUCACGGAUCCUUCAAAUCCGGGUGUAACAGCAAUCGGAGUGUGCGUGUAUUUAAUAGUGCAUUGCAUCAAAUACACGUUGUUAGUUGUGAUCCCGUGCUAUUACUCAAGCAUCACUGCAACUCAAGUUUCUCUUAUUCGUAUCACGCUUCAUGAUGCCAUCAACACUAUUCCACUGGGCAAACUCCAACGUCGGAAGGUCAAAGCGUUUUACUUGAUGACCAAAGAAUAUAGUUUCGUCUAUACUUUGGCAGGGGUCAUCAAACUCAACAUGUCUUUGCCACUAAGCUAUAUCAGUCUCUGUACGACUUACUUAGUCAUUAUAAUACAGUUCUCAAAAUUUUUAGAUUAAAAUGUCUAUCGUUUUUAAUAUUAUUUUUAGGUAGUAAGGCAUUUUCUGUAAGCAAGGCUAAUUUCACUGAUUUACACAUAUUAAGUUCUCAGAAUAGCGA